AACAGAACUGCGAGACUUACUGUACGAACUGCCAUGGUUUACACCGAGGAUAGAAAGCCACUGAAGGCUGCAGACUGGGUUAUCAUCGCAUUUUAUUUCUUUGCUUGCAUUCUAGUUGGGCUAUGGGUAUGUGUAGUGUUUCUUUUAUUUGUAAAGCCAGUUCAAGGCAAAUUUUCUCUGUAUUUUCAAGUUUUUGUUGUAGUGUAUGUGUUGAAUUUAGGCCUGAGGACCUAAGAAUCUUGGUUUUGAAACACUGUGAAGCGAAUAAAUCAAAGAGUACUACCCUUGCUGUAUUGUAGGGGCCAAAUGAUGUGAUUUGUUUGAGCGAUAGUUUGUCUUUGAAAUCUUUUAGAAUGCUAUCGUUCAUUCUCUAUUGACGUUUGGUUGGAAUAUGAUAUUUGAUCGGUGUGAACAGCAGAAGAGUCAAUUUCUGGAUGAAAGCCAUAAUGAUUGAAGGAAGCUAGUCAAACUAAAUGCUCCAAAUAUCAGUCUAGAGCCUUUACUUUUCUGUAUUAGGGUGUCUUGAACAGUUGUUGCAAAACGAAUGCCCAGGACACCCAGCCAAAAGACCUCGCUUGCACAAAAUACGUAGCACAGUUUGCGUGGUGGAAAAAUGUUUAUUUAAGCAAGUCAAGCUUCUUACUCUCAUAAUACGGCUUGUCGCUUUUUUGCAGACUAAAUUUAGACAACAAAGAGGGAAAACUGAAACCGCUGAAACUUUCUUCUUGGCUGGCAGAUCAAUGAUGUGGUGGGCGGUAAGUAGAGCCGUUGCGAUCAAAUUUACCCCUGGGAAAUACAAAAAUCCCCCUAGGAAAUACAGCACGGUCCUGAUCAGUUGAAAGGGCACUAGUAAUGAUAGAGAUGUGCACUGACUGCAUCGAGUGUGUUGUCUUGAGUUUGCAAUCGCUACACAUUUGGAAAGUUUUGAAAAAAUAACUUCUUACAUUUCCUUCUAAUACAGUAUACUGACAAUGUUUUAAAAUCUACAAUGGUCAUUAAGUAUACCAUUUUUACCAAAAUGCUAAGUUAAGUGGACAAGUUUUGGACAAAUAACCCAACAUUUUCUUGCACGUUUUCCUUUUUCUAUGGAUGUUUUAGUUUGCUUUGUAAAACGAAAUCUGUCUCUAAAUGAAUAAAACCAACAAAAAGAAAUUCAACUUUUUUAAAAGACUUAUAAGGGAUCUUCCCGGAACGUGGGUAGUUCAAACUCUAGUGAAUAUUAAAUGAGAAUUUUAACAAUCAAUCCAGUCGAAACAUUACCCUGAUUGAAUUGUUCAAUAGGUUGGACCGAGUUUAUUUGUCAGUAACAUUGGUAGUGAGCACUUCAUUGGAUUGGCUGGAUCUGGCGCGGCAACAGGGAUUGGUGUAGCAUCAUAUGAGUGGCAGGCAAGUCACGUGACUUUACUCACGUGAUAUUUCAGAAGUAUUUUGACCGUACUUAAAAGUACCUAGAAUGUAUCCCGCUUGAUUAUUGUUUUUCAGGCGCCCUGGCUCCUACUGCUGUUGGGCUGGGUCUUUGUGCCAAUUUACCUCAAAUCAAGGGUGAGUUAACAAGCUCUUUGAAAAUGCUUCCGAAAAAUGUGAUAUAAACAUAAAAGGAGUUACUUUAAUUGGCUUGCAUCUGUUGAAUUUUCCUGCCAGCGAAUUACAAGGGAAAAGAGACGUCUAUUAGCAGGGAACUGGUGAAUGGCAGAAAAACAUUUUCUGUUCAUGUUAUCAACUUCUCCCCACUACUUCUGUAGGAAAUGAAUGGGGGCAACAAAUGAGAAUUCAAAUUUUGAUCUGAGGGUUUAAAGGGUUAAAGAGGUGGGGUCAUAUCAAAGGAACCUAUUUUCCCUGGGCAUGAGUGUUGACGAAUGUCAGACUAGCUAACUUGCUUCCUAGCUAAAUAAUGUUAUAAGUGUUCGUAUGUAUUUGCUUCUCUUGUGAUUAUUUCUAUUAGAUUUACACGACACCAGAAUACUUGCUAAAACGAUUUCAUAGCACCAAGAUAAGGACUUGUUUGACAGCUGUGGCGCUCAUAUCAUAUGUACUCACAAAGAUAUCAGUAAGUAUCGAACUAAGGAAAUACUUGAAAAUAAAUUAAAGUACUGCCGGUGACGGAACAUUACCAAGAACGUUGAGUGAGCCAAGUUUGAUCUUUACUUAGAUAGACGGAUAGAUAGACAGACGUCUUUAUUUAAAAUAAAAAGUAGCUACUCAUUUUAGUCCAUUCAGGGAGCUUACAAAGCCUCCCUGGUAUCAAUAGGAGCCUUUAGUAAUGGUUGAGUAGCUUUUCAUGCCGACGCGAAAAGUAUAGUAUUAAACGGGUCGAAGUUCCGCCACGCCGAUCUUUAAAGUGGAGAUUCACAUGUCGGAUAGGUGUUCAUAAUGUACCAGAUAACUUUUUAUGUCCGCACUAAAAGUUCAGAUCCGGUUUAGUGUGAAAAGAAGGCGCUUUAGAGUAGAGGAGCAAGUCACAAAUCUCGCUUCCGUUCUGGCAGGUUGAUAUCUACGCGGGCAGUGUGUUUCUGUAUGAAGCUGUUGGUUGGAAUAUUUAUGUGUCAGCAGCUGUGAUUUUAGCCAUCACUGCUGUUUACACUGUUCUUGGUAAGUUUCAUCGAACAUCAUUGAUACAUUUAUACACUUGUACUUUUCUAGUUCAUUUGUACUUCAUCUCUUUAUCAUCUGUACUUCAUCUAGACAUUGGCUACAAUUGAUUCGUACGUCAUUCGUACGUCUUCUGUACUUCAUUUGUGCUUCAUUUGUACUUCACUGGUACGUCAUUUGUACUUCAUUUGUACUUCAUUCGUGCUUCCUCUAAACGUCAUUUGUACUUUCCCUGUACUUCAUCUGUUCUUUAUCGUCGAGUGAUUCAUUUGUACUUCAUUUGUACUUCACAAAUACAGUCGAACCCUGCUUUACGGACACCCGCUUAAUACGGACAUCUCGUUAUUACGGACAGUUUUUCCUGUCCCUGGGGAAGGUAGGCCCUCGCAGUUUCGCGCCCCUGUUAGGGUAAAAUUCUGACAAGCGACAUGGCCUUGAAACAGCGAAAUAAGCCUAGAUGAAAUGGCAGCAAAGGAUAUAAAGAAGGGAUAAAUACCGACAGGGACACUGCGUACUCCUUAAAACGUCCCAAGCUUGUAAAUAACUCAAGCACUUUUUUGUAGGUGGUCUGACGGCCGUUUUCUUCACUGAUGUAUUGCAGUGUACUAUUAUGGUUAUCGGUGGCAUCGUUGUAGCCAUAAUGAGUAAGUAGGGUGCCCAUAGUGUUUGUACGAAUUCUAUUUGAUUUUGAUACCUUAAAAUUCCGAAAAUAAGCCCCGGGGCUUAUGUUUUUCAAAGGCCCUUUUUGAGGGGCUUAUUUUUGGAGGGGCUUAUCUACGGAGGGAAAUUUGCGUUUCAAAAUCGAUUGGGCUAGCCUUAUAAAUGGAAGGAAAUUUACCGUUUUUGCCUUGUUUUACUUUGUAUUUGAAGGCAAUUUCCGAGUACACGCCCCCGCGGGGCUUAUACUUGGAGGGGCGAUUUAACGGAGGUUUUUUUGCGUUACGAGUUUGGGGGGCUUAUAUUUGGAGGGGCUUAUUUCCGUAAUUUUACGUUACUUUUUCUCCGUAUAAAAAUGAUUUGCAAGCUUUCUUAUUCUCUCAAGGGGGUAUUUUUAGCGAAUCUUGGUUGGAUAAAAACAAGACAAUUAUAUCCUAAAAGAGACAUGGUAAAUGGAGAGUUUUCAGCUAAACUAGCUAUCACGAACUCCACUUUGAAUUGUUGACGUAAAUAAAGUUGCCGGAUGUUAAUCCGAACAAUCAUUACAAUGGUGAUUAAGUUGAUUUAUUUCUACCUUAAGGUUUUGCAAAAGUUGGAGGAUUGGAUGGUCUGUGGAGUAAAUUCGGCUCCUCGAUGGGUAAGCCCCUGUGGUCGACACCCUCUUCGACAAACAUCCCUACAACUGGGACCUCUGUGGUAAAUUCUAAUCUCAGCUCAACAGCGGCAACAACAGUAGCAGAUACUCUGGGCAAGAGCAACGACACAAUUGAUAGUUGUUACAAACUAACACCCUACUGGGGUGAUCUGUGGAGGCCGGUUGAUGAUCCAGACUACCCCUGGUUAGGAUUGUGGACGUCUUUAUUCAUUACUGCAGUUUGGUACUUUUGUACAGAUCAGGUAACUCUGGCUCGAUAUAAUAAUAAUCAUACCUUAGUAGAACAACUAUAAAAGCCAAGAGGCUCCAUUUGUGGUUACGAUGACCUGGGGAAGAAAUUGCCUAGUCUCUAAGCCUCAUCAUUCCGCGCGGCCUAUGCGUUUGGGAUCACGUGGUCCGAGCGUUCGUCUCGGAUACGUCACCAAAAUGCGUUGACCGAGAAGGCCUGGGAAGACGCCGUACAGGGACUAGGUAAUUGAAGAAAGUUUGGUUUGUCGCCAUCGAAUCUUCUAAAUUUUAGUUUUGGGGCACGACUUCUUUACUAUGCAUACCUGUCAUCUGCAAAUUCAGGUCCUUGUUCAACGAGCCUUGGGCGCCAAGAACCACAUCCAAGCCAGAGCUGGUACCAUUUUUGCAGGUUUUUUGAAAAUUCUUCCCAUGUUUGUGAUGGUAAUGCCAGGAAUGAUCAGUCGAGUGUUGUUUCCUAACAGCAUCGCUUGUCACGACCCUAAGAGCUGUGAAAUAGCCUGUGAUAACAGAUGGGGCUGUACCAACAAUGCAUAUCCUAAGUAAGUUGAGCAGUGAAUAGUUUUGGUAAUGGUAAUAACAGGAAUAAUCUGUUAAGCAACGCUUGUCAACUAAGGCAAUUCCCGUCCCCAUGAGCUGCAAACUCGCUCUUGAUAGCAGCUGGGGAUGAAGGCGAUAAGAAACAUUCUAAACAUGUUGUGUGUUGGGUAACGCUGCUUGCUAAAAAUGUGGACAACAUCGCGUGUCGGGACAAUAGAGGGGAAGACUACUUGGAAUAGCUAAGAGCACCGCAUUAAAUAGACCGGGGGAACCUGACCCAUCAGUUUGAGUGUACGGUUGCCGCGCUGAGAUUUUCAAACCUGAGCCUAUUUAGAAGACGAGAGAAAUCUGAAAUAUCCACCUCGUAUUGGACAGUAACCUCUGUUUUAGAACCCCUGUUCACGACAGUAGACAAAAUGCACGCCCUUCUGUUUCUUUAGGAAACGUUAGACGCGUUUGAGACAGGGCGGUCAAAUUUAUAGUGGCAUGUCCCCAUAUAAUAAGAAGGUGCCCAGCCAUGACUUUUAAAAAGUGGAUUGGAUUGGGUUCAAACACUGAUAUGGUUUUUGCCGGGUAGGUUGGUGUUGAACAUUCUUCCCACUGGAAUGGUUGGACUAAUGUUAGCAGUAAUGAUGGCUGCCGUCAUGUCAUCCCUUUCCUCAGCAUUUAACAGCAGCGCUACCAUCUUCACUGUUGAUGUAUGGCUGAGGCUCAGACCACAGGUAGUUAACCACCCCAGAAACUAUAAGGGGAAUUGGUAGAAGUUUUCGGCGCAACGAUUUCUGGGAUAAAUUGGUUGGAAAAGCUUUUGUUAUGAUUGGUCGACGGUUUUCAAGGCAACCGACAACCAAUCAUAACUAACGCUUGUCCACUAAAAUUACCCCAGAAAUCGUUUCGCUUAAGGUUUGUACCCAUUCCCCUUAUAGUUUCUGGAGGGGUUAACAUAAAGAUCUUUUUAUUGUGUCAAAAGGCCAACUGAAGGCUCCCUUUUAUUCACACCUCUCUCUCGUUUGCGCAAAGGAUUGCGGGACGGGGAAAGCGGGACGUCUCUUUACCCGCCUUUGUUUUCCGAUGUCUCUCGCUUUGCUUGUUUCCAGUCUUCGCCUCGUCUGGUGCGAGUCUCGAAGCGCCCGUGAAGGAAGAUGCGCUAAAGGUACACCGUGAACAUUAGAGGAAAACAGUAAAAAUGAAAACAAAAAAAAAAAAGGGAAUUUCAAAAUAGUCUAUAUCUUGCUAUUUGAGAUCUCUGAUGAUUAAUUGAAAUCUCAUCAUCUUCGUGUCCAAAAUGGCUCAUUAUUGGUAGCUUGCGAGCGAGCUCCUCGGGGCGCUCUGACGGCGGGGCGGGAAAAGGAAGGAGAGAUUGCAACUGCGUCUCUGGAAUUUGAAUUCCACCUCCAAUUCCCUUUGGCUACCCGUCGACUGAGCUGUCAGAUUUCAGCGCGAAUGUAAACAAACAUUGAAAAGCAAGUGCCAAGGGUAAUGACUUCGUUGCUUAUGUCAUCUCCGCCAAUCAGGAUUUCGCAUCGAAUUUUGCUACGCAGAUAUUCAGUUCCAGAGAUGUAGUUGCAAGCUCUCCUUCAUUUUCCCGCCUCGCCGCCAGAUCGCCCCGGAGAGCUUGCUCGCAGGCUACAUUAUUGGUUCAUUACUUCUUAAACGUCUUAGGUACGUCUGCAGGCCACCGAUCUCGUGACAUUGACAUUGAAUAUAAAUAGAGGAGUACCAAUUAACUUGGAACAAUCCGACAACUGAGAUAUCCGCGUUGUUUAUUCUUGCACUGGGCUCACUCUUUCAUGAUACUCAAUCAUUCUUUUCCCAAAUAGGCCAGGGAUAGAGAAAAGAUCAUAGUGGGUCGAGUGGUCGUGGCUGCUCUUGUUGGCGUCAGUUUGUGCUGGUUACCGAUUGUCAAAGGUGAGUUUGUGUAUAUAUUACCCUACCCUGGCCAGGCUAGUUAUGUCCCCAGAAAUCUCUCUCUUUCCAGCUGAUGACUUGCACAUAAACCGACCAAAAAGACACGACUACUGUUACAAGUGAUUGUUUAGAAUAUGCGAACUUUGUUUAAACUCGUAGUCGUACGCCAUCUUGUACUCGUAGGAUUGUAAUAGGGGUUUUCUGGAUCGGCAGUAGUCUACAAAAUGGAUGUCUUCCAUUUCUUUUCCCCUCAUUUGUCGUAGUUGUUGUUUGUUUUUUGCAGAAACAGAAACCUUUAUCUUUCGACAGGGGCACUAGCUCGAGUAUUACAGAGUAGUCGUGAAAAAAAAAAUUGCCCACCGUAUUUAAUCUUGUUUAACAGGUUUUGCUGGAAACCAGCUGUUUGUAUAUCUCCAGAAUAUCCAAUCAUAUUUUGCGCCCGCGAUCAGUUCCAUGUUCCUGUUGGGAAUACUCUGGACUGGACUCACGGAAAAUGCAGCUUUCACUGGACUUCUGGUUGGGUUUGCCAUGGGACUUAUAAAGUUCAUUGUUGAAAAUGUAUACGCACCGCCCGACUGUGGCGAGGAGGACACCCGUCCGCAAUUUGCUAAGCUACAUUUUAUGUAUUACUGUAAGUACCUUAUGUUUGCAGUCAAAUGAUAAAAAUAUGCAAGGCAUUAUAUCAUUCAGAUACUGUGGGAAUGUGGAAAAAAUGACGUGUAGAUAUGAAGGAAAAAGACUACAAAUUAAUUCGUACCUCCAAAGCAAACAAACAAACGCCCAGAAGCACGCAUGGUUACGUCUAAAGUUUUCUAGACUCUACAUCGUCACACGGGCCUCCAACAUCGCGGUGGAGUAGUACAUGAUGACGCGACUAACGUUUGCCUGGAUACUAGAAUUUUGCUGGUCGGAAUAAAUUCCCAUAUAAAAUGCAGAUGAAACUCAUGAAGGACUGAGGACAUUCCAUCCCUAGGAAGAUUGCAUUUGUCCAUCACAAUUGCUCUCUCCUUCAAUUCCCGCAAAAUUUAAUGCUGAUCGUUUCCGCCUCAAAGACCUACAACGAAGAGGUGUCUUUAUGGGCUACACAUCAGAUGCGCCCAGCAAUAACCACCGGGAUAACUCGGUUGGUAGAGCGUUUGUCGUUAUAGGCUCGCUUCUCGACCCUUUAUCCAGGGUGUCACAAUAACAGAGUACAAAUGUUAUCGCCUUUGCCACAAUCACGAAGAAAUGGCUGUCCCAUCUUCAGAAGGGGAUGUAAACUAGUGUCCUCCAUUCCCCCACUACAUAAACUACAAGGACAAUAGGGACAUGUUUCGGCGCAACGAUUCCUGGGAUCGCUUAUAUGUACAAGAGUUAGUUACUAACGCGUAUUCUUCCAAUCGAUCCCAGAAGACACAACAUGUUGGGAGUGAGGCGCUGUUUUAACCUAAGUAGGAGUGAUGUUUUUAUACCUUUCCUUACAGCGAAUAUCCUGUUUGCCAUAAGUGUGUUCACAAUGGUUGUGGUAAGUUUAUUUACAAAGAGGAUUCCUCGAGAUGAGCUUGGCGGACUGACUUGGCCCACAAUCAAC